AUUUUUCUCCCUGCAAACCGUCUCAAUCGAUCCACAGUACGCAACGCUUUUAAUUUGAUCCAGACAAGUAACAAGCUAUAGUGACGAGGAGUAGGUCUGAUACGGCAUCAUGGCUGAUGCUACGGCCAGAUCGUUGCAGUAUGAGUACAAAGCGAACUCUAAUCUUGUUUUGCAAGCUGAUCGUUCCUUGAUUGAGCGGCGAGGACGUGAUGAAGCAACAGGGGAGGUCGUGUCCCUUGUGGGUCACAUCGGGGGAAUUAAAAUGGGUGACAAGUACCAAAGAACAAAACCACCUGUAUCAGAAGAGAAAAAGGCCAAACGUCAGAAAAUGAUGGAGAAAGAAGACUUUACCAAGAGCAAGACCAGUAGCAGUCUUCUGUCAGAUGAGUCAUCAGACUUAGCUGGUGUUCGAUACAGGCCAAAAACCAGGGAAACCAAAUCCACAUACGAGGUCCUCUUGAGCUUUAUACAAGCAGCUAUUGGUGAUCAGCCACGAGACAUUCUUUGUGGAGCUGCGGAUGAAGUGUUGAUAGCUUUGAAGGAUGAUAAGCUGAAGGAUAAAGAACGACAGAAAGAAAUUGUGUCCCUUCUUGGUGGAAUGCCUGAUGAAAGAUAUGCCUUAUUGGUGAACUUGGGGAAAAAGAUCACAGAUUACUCUGUUGACAGGAGUUUACUAAAUGAUGACGAGGUUAUUGAUGAGACAUAUGGUGUGGCUGUACAGUUUGAUGAAGAAGAGGAAGAGGAAGAUAAAGACUUUGAUGAGGUCCGUGAUGAAGAGCCCAGUGAUGAAGAGGAAGGAGUAGAGGCUGAUACAACCAUGACUCUCCAGGGAGGGCUUGAAGAAGACAGAGCUCAAAGAACAGGUGAUGUUCUUCAUCCUCGAGACAUUGAUGCCUUUUGGCUGCAGCGAGAAUUGAACAAGUAUUAUGCAGAUGCUGAGGCUUCAAGAUCAAAAGCUGAAGAAGUCCUGGAGAUCCUGAAGAGUGCAAAGGAUGAUCGUGAGCUGGAAAACAAAAUGAUGCUUCUUCUUGGACAUGAUAAGUUCUCUUUUAUCCGGUUACUGCGGAAGAACAAGAGCAUGGUGCUGUAUUGCACACUGCUUGCAACUGCACAGAGUGCAAAGGAAAAGAAAGAGAUUGAAGAGAAGAUGAGUGCUGAUCCGGAUUUGGCCUCCAUCUUGCAUGCACUGACUGAGACAGAACAAGAAGAUUUGAUUCAGGAGGAAAGAGCUCGCAAGGCAGCCAAUAGGAAAGCAAGAAUUGCAGCAGAUUUGGAUGCAUUUGAAUCUGAUCAGACUCGUGGUAGUCGUAGAAUUUUAGAUCUGGAAGAUCUAGCAUUUAAGGAUGGGAGUCAUUUAAUGGCCAACAAGAAAUGUCAGCUGCCUGAUGGAUCAUUCAGAAAACAAAGAAAAGGUUAUGAGGAAGUUCAUGUUCCAGCUUUGAAACCCAAACCAUAUGAAGCAGGAGAGAGGAGCUUGUGCGACUGGUUGGGUUGAGUGCCACUUUACCAAAUUAUGAAGAUGUUGCAACCUUUAUGCGUGUGAAUCCUGCAAAGGGUUUGUUCUUUUUUGAUAACAGCUUCAGACCUGUUCCACUGGAGCAGCAGUACAUUGGUGUUACAGAGAAGAAACCAAUAAAAAGACUGCAGGUGAUGAAUGAUGUUGUUUAUGAGAAAGUCAUUGAACAUGCAGGAAAGAACCAAGUGUUGAUCUUUGUUCACUCAAGAAAGGAGACCAGUAAAACAGCAAGGGCCAUAAGAGAUCUUUGCCUGGAAAGAGACACUUUAGGACAUUUCUUGAGGGAAGACUCGGCAAGCACAGAAGUGUUGAGAACUGAAGCUGAGCAAGCUGUGAACUUGGAACUCAAGGAUCUGCUCCCUUAUGGUUUUGCUAUUCAUCAUGCUGGUAUGACAAGAGUGGACAGAACUCUAGUAGAAGAUCUCUUUGCUGACAGGCACAUCCAAGUGUUAGUCUCCACAGCCACGCUGGCUUGGGGUGUGAACUUGCCUGCACACACAGUCAUCAUAAAGGGAACACAGAUCUACAAUCCUGAGAAGGGUCGCUGGGUGGAGCUGGGUGCACUAGAUGUGAUGCAGAUGCUGGGGCGUGCAGGUCGUCCACAGUACGACACCAAAGGAGAAGGCAUCCUGUUAACAAGUCACAGCGAACUGCAGUAUUACCUUUCACUCAUGAAUCAACAGUUGCCCAUUGAAAGUCAGUUUAUCAAUAAACUGGCUGACAAUCUCAAUGCUGAAAUUGUGCUGGGGACAGUGCAGAAUGCUAAGGAGGCUGUGCAUUGGUUAGGGUACACUUACUUGUAUAUUAGAAUGCUAAGAAAUCCUUCCUUGUACGGGAUCUCUCAUGACGAGAUUGAAAAGGACCCACUUCUUGAACAGCGAAGGGCAGACUUAAUUCAUUCAGCAGCCUCUCAGCUGGACAAAAACAACCUGGUGAAAUACGACAAGAAAUCUGGAAACUUUCAGGUGACUGAAUUAGGUCGUAUUGCCAGCCAUUAUUACUGCACCCAAGAAACUAUUGCUACAUACAACAGCCUGCUGAAGCCCACUCUGAGUGAGAUUGAGCUGUUCAGAGUGUUUUCUCUGUCUUCCGAGUUCAAGUACAUCACUGUUAGAGAGGAAGAAAAGCUGGAACUGAACAAGCUGUUAGAACGUGUUCCUAUCCCUGUCAAGGAGAGCAUUGAAGAGCCGAGUGCUAAGGUUAAUGUGUUACUGCAAGCAUACAUCUCUCACCUGAAGUUGGAAGGUUUUGCUCUCAUGUCUGACAUGGUUUAUGUCACACAGUCCUCUGGGCGGUUGAUGAGAGCCAUCUUUGAAAUUGUUUUGAACCGAGGCUGGGCUCAGUUGACGGAUAAAUGUUUGAAUUUGUGUAAAAUGAUCGACAAACGAAUGUGGCUUUCCAUGAGCCCUCUCCGACAGUUCAAGAAAAUUCCCAUGGAGGUUAUUAAGAGAAUCGAGAAGAAGGAAUUCCCUUGGGAGCGAUACUACGACUUGGGAGCCACUGAGAUAGGCGAGUUAGUGCACAUGCCCAAAAUGGGAAAGACGCUGUACAAGUUUGUACAUCAGCUUCCAAAGAUGGAGCUUGCGACCCAUAUUCAGCCCAUAACUAGAUCCACUCUCAGUGUCGAGCUUUCCAUCACCCCAGACUUCCAGUGGGACGAGAAAGUUCACGGAAACUCGGAGGCGAUGUGGAUUUUUGUGGAAGAUGUGGACAGCGAAAUCAUCUUACAUCACGAGUACUUUUUGUUGAAGAGCAAGUUUGCGACGGAUGAGCACACGUUGAAGUUCUUUGUCCCUGUGUUCGAGCCGCUUCCCCCUCAAUAUUUUAUCAGGAUUGUAUCAGACAAGUGGCUGGGUUCAGAAACUCAGUUGCCAGUUUCAUUCCGUCAUUUGAUUUUACCCGAGAAGAAUCCUCCGCCCACGGAACUUCUAGAUUUACAACCUCUGCCGGUUUCUGCGCUGAGAAAUCCAGCAUUUGAAGGUUUAUACAAGGACAAGUUCCCUUACUUCAAUCCCAUACAGACGCAAGUUUUCAACACCAUGUACAACUCAGACGAAAAUGUUCUUAUCGGAGCACCCACUGGCAGUGGGAAGACUAUCUGUGCGGAGUUUGCAGUACUGCGACUUCUUCAGCAAACACCUGACUGCAGAUGUGUUUACGUAACUCCAUUGCAGUCCCUUGCUGACCAGGUGUAUACGGACUGGCAGAGUAAGUUUGGAUUACAGCUGGGGAUCACUCAUACAGCAUCUCGUCUGAUAGCCAUGACUAAACCUACCUAUCAGGCCAUCGUGAAACAUUCUCCCAAGAAACCUGUCAUUGUGUUUGUGCCCUCCAGAAGACAAACUAAACUCACUGCGUUGGAUCUGCUGACCUUCUCUGGCGCCGAGAAUGAUGCGGAGAGGUUCCUGCAUUGCACCGAGGAAGAUCUUCAGCCUUUUGUGAAGCGUUUGAACGACAAGACUUUAAAGGAGACUGUCAGUUAUGGUGUGGCGUAUUUACACGAGGGACUGUCAGAAGGUGAAACAAAGAUUGUAGAACAGCUGUUCAACUCUGGCGCCAUUCAGGUGGUGGUCGUGUCACGCAAUCUUGCCUGGGCGAUUGACAUGAGUGCUCAUCUGGUGAUCAUCAUGGACACACAGUUCUACGAAGGAAAGAUCCACACUUACGUAGACUAUCCAGUCACAGAUGUGUUGCAGAUGAUCGGCCGAGCAAAUAGACCACUGUUAGACGACUCCGGAAAAGCUGUAAUUCUCUGCCAAGCCUCGAAGAAAGAGUACUUCAAAAAAUUCCUUUAUGAGCCUUUGCCUAUAGAGUCGCAUUUGGAUCACUGUCUGCACGACCAUUUUAAUGCUGAGGUUGUAACGAAGACUGUGGAGAACAAACAAGACGCCGUAGAUUACCUCACAUGGACCUUCCUGUACCGCAGAAUGACACAGAAUCCAAACUACUACAAUUUACAAGGUGUCACUCAUCGUCAUCUGUCAGAUCACAUGUCAGAUAUGGUGGAAAACACCCUUAACGACCUGGAACAAUCCAAGUGUUUGUCGAUUGAGGAUGAAAUGGAUGUAUCGCCGUUAAAUCUUGGAAUGAUCGCAGCUUAUUACUACAUCAACUACACAACUAUUGAGCUGUUCAGUGUGUCAUUAAACGCAAAGACAAAGCUACGAGGCUUGAUAGAAAUCAUCUCAUCCGCUUAUGAAUACGAGAGACUUCCCAUCAGGCACCACGAGGACACCACUUUGAAACAGGCCAUGCGUCUUGUUCAAGCCUGUGUAGAUGUGUUGAGCAGCAACGGAUGGCUGUCACCUGCGCUGGCCGCCAUGGAGCUUGCCCAAAUGGUUACUCAGGCCAUGUGGAGCAAAGAUUCCUACCUGAAACAAAUUCCUCAUUUCAGCUCGGAGAUAAUCAAACGAUGCGUUGAUAAGGGAGUGGAAUCAGUGUUUGACAUCAUGGACUUGGAAGACGAUGAAAGAAACAAACUUUUGAAACUGGAUGACAGCCAGAUGCAGGAUGUUGCCAGAUUUUGUAACCGAUAUCCAAACAUUGAAUUGUCCUUUGAGGUACAGGAUAAGGACGAUAUCUCUGCGGGCUCUCCUGUGAAUGUUGUGGUGGACCUUGAUCGUGAGGAUGAGCAGCCAGGCCCGGUGAUUGCACCGUUCUUUCCGGGAAAGAGAGAAGAGGGCUGGUGGCUAGUUAUUGGGGACACCAAGAACAAUGGAUUAAUUUCGAUCAAGCGUCUUACGCUUCAACAGAAGGCCAAGGUUAAACUGGACUUUGUGGCUCCGAGUUCGCCUGGGAACUACUCUUAUACUCUGUUUUUUAUGUGUGACACAUACAUGGGGUGUGAUCAAGAAUAUCCGUUCAAGAUUAACGUCGGAGAAGCCGCCAGUGGAGACGAGGAAAGCGGCGACAGCGAAGCUGAUGAUUAAGAGAUUUUGUGAUACAAAAACUGAACAAAUUCUGUCAUCGUUAUCGCGUGACUGCAACGGAACACUUAAGUCAGGCAAUCCCGUCUUUCAGAUUGUGGCGGCAGAUACCUACUCCCAAUGUACAUAAUAGUUGAGCGACUACGGUUUAAAAGAAACCUUAGCAAGUGGUUUUUUUUUUCUUUUUUUUUAACAGUAACUCUUUCUCGAAAACCUCAGUAUGCAAUAAAUUAAAGCGAUGUGGAAAUAGUUCGAAAGAAGUUAAACGAUUCUUGGAGAGUUAUUUUAAACUUCUUUCUCCAUAAGUGCCAUUAAAUAUUGUAGGACAUUGUAAACUUGUUCGAAAAUGAAUAGAGCUCGUGUAAAAGACAUUUUUCAUUAAUUAGACUGACUGUGUAUACAAACGUACCCAUAAAUGAAAUACCGGAUGUCUUAUCAAUGCAACCCUGCAUUUGGAUCAGCCUUAAACAUAACGUAAAGCACUGAAAAGAUUUCCUUUUAAGAUAUAUUUGUGAUCGCUUUACGCAUUAGUACUUUUCAAUGUAAAACCCCCAAGGGUAGAAUGUUAGGUAAAACUUGUACAGUUUCACUUGCAAUCCUUGUUGGCAAGUUAUUUACAUAAGUAAGUUUUGUUCACCUCCUUUAUACUGGCACUAUUAACAUUGUCAUCUCUUAAAUGUUCGUCAUACAAGAUCUUGCUGGAUCUUGGAGACAUGUUUGAGGCUUGACAAUGUUGCCUUGGUCUCUGGUAAACUUAUUUUCUGAUUGUGGAAUUUGUCCGGCGUAUAAAAGGGAAAAAUAUCGCAAUUUUAUAAUCAGUUUAAGCUGAUAAGUUGAGCUCUUUCGAGAGUAACAAAAGCCCUUACUUCAGUAAAUGACUAAUACGAUCAGUCGCCAACAGCUGAGCUUUUCAACAUUCAGUUCGACAAUUUAAUUUUACCAGAAGGGACCUUUAAUAAGCAGUCUGACAAGUGUUUCAGUUGCCCGUCGACAGGGCAAAAUAUUCUAUUUUUAGAAAUUAAUAACUUUUCCAAAAUCAUUACAUUACAUCUUUCGAAGUGUUUUAACGUAGAUGUCUUGGAGAGAUAACAACUAAAACUGCAUUAUGUUCGACUUUUUUAAA